UGAUUUUUUAAUAAAACAGACAAGUUAAUUAUACACGUACAUAUAUGCAAUGAGUUCUAACAAUAAUAAUGAACAGCACAAGUAAUCCAGUAGUUUAACAAAAAAAAAAAAAAAAAAAAAAGUGUCAAAUUUUAAUUAUUUUUUUUUUCUUUAGGAAUAAGGAUGAUCUUAUGGAAGUAAUAGGCUCAACAGUUUUGGGUGUUCAAAGCUCAUUUGGCUCUGUAUAUGACGUACAUAUUUGAACACAUUUAAAAAAGGAAGAACAUACACCUUCUAAUUUAUAAGUAUCAAAGUCUUUAGAAAAAAGCUUAAAACAGAAUUUACAAAUGAGUCAAAGCAUGAUUCACAUGAUUGAAGAGAUUUAUAAAGCGAAUAUUAAAAUUGUUCAUUGAAACCAGCAGGAAAUGGUAAUAUUCAUAUGACUUUAACGAUAAAUAACAGAACAAAGCUUCCUGUAACAUCUAUGGUUGGAUUAUUAAAAUUUGAGACAAAAGAAGAAGUUAAUUUAACUUAUUUUGAUUCAUAUCAAAAAAGUGAAAAUAAUUCAAAUCAACAACUCCCAAAUAUUUUUGAAUCAUUGUGUGAUUUGACUCCACAAACACAAUAUGUACAAGAAAUUGAAAUAAAAUUAAAGCAUGUAGUUCAAUGCAAUGGCAUUUUUACUUUACAUUUUCAAAAUCCAGUUGAUAAAAGACAAAUUGAAUUAAAACAUUCUUUUGGAUUAUACUUAAUUGAUCAGUUCAAAAAAGAAAUCGUAAAUAAUAAUGUGAAACUAGAUCUAGAAAUUAUAGAUCAGCUCUGCUAUCCGGUUGCAUUUUUACGUGAAAUAAUGGAGAUACAUCCUAUAAAGGGUAUAGAAGUUGAUAUGUGUAUACAGUUAAUCGCUUCAAAUAUACAAAUAAUAUGUAGAAUUAUAAAUAUUGCUGAUGAUUAUAAUACAGUUGAAGUUGAGUUUUCUAGUAAUUCGAAGGAAUUAACAGCAAAAUUGAUCAUGGAAUUAAACAUGCUUUGUAGUUCAUCACUUUAAAUAUAACAAGCUAAGGUUAAAAAAUUCAUAAAACUGUAGAAGGGUCUUGAUUGCUUAAUGUAAUUGUUUUAUU